AUGAGUUCAUCUACAAAGUUGAAUGUUGAUUCUUCCAGGGUAGAAGUGAGUCCAACCUUGUAUAGGAGUAUCAUUAGGAGUUUACUCUAUCUUACAGCUAGUAGACCAAAUAUUGCAUUUAGCGUGGGUGUUUGUGCUAGAUAUCAACUUGCUCCAAAGGAAUCCCACCUGACUAUGGUGAAGCAAAUCAUACGAUAUAUAAAUAGAACUCCAGAUUAUGGGUUGUGGUAUUCAAAGGACUCUAAUGCUUGCCUUACCGGUUAUAUAGAUGCAGACUGGGUUGGAAGUAUGGAUGAUCGAAAGAGUGCUUCAGGUGGCUGCUUCUACCUUGGUAACAAUCUUGUCUCUUGGAUGAGCAAGAAACAAAACUCCAUAUCUCUCUCUACGGCAGAAGCUGAAUACAUAGCCGCUAGAAGUUGCUGCACACAACUCCUUUGGAUGAAGAAGCUACUCCAUGACUACGGGAUUCCUCAAGAUACAAUGUGUGUCUUCUGUGAUAACACUAGUGCUAUAAAUCUCUUUAAGAACCCGGUUUAG